CCAGUGGAAACACCGUUUCAAUCAAAAUUUAAAAACACGCCCAUCUCGUUGCUUUGACAGUCGUAAGUCCUCACAAAACUAGGGUUAGGGUUUGAGAUUUGGGAACAAGAACAUGGGCAAGAGAGAGAGGCAAAGGGCCAAGCUCGAUUGGGACGAACUGAGCGAAGAAGAACGAGAACUAACUAAUAAAUACCCUUCGAAAUCCGCCGCCGAGCACAGCAGCAGCGACGACGAUGAGGCCAACGAAGAUCUCAGCCUCAAAAUCGUCGAGAAAGCUUUGUUAAUGCGGGCGGCAAAGUUGGCUCCCGAUAACAACGCUGCCGUGUCUGGCGAGCCGAGUGGCGGUUUGGUUGAACUCCCUUCUUCGUCUCCUUCGCCAGAAGAGGAAGUUGCGGGUGCAGUUUUGGAGACUAAGAAGGUAAGGAGGAAGGAGAGGAUGAAGAAGAUUAAGAAGAUGAACAUUGAAGAUCAAGCUGUUCUUCCAAAAGAGGGAGAGAAGGUAGAGGCGGCUAAUGCUGUAGAUUUGGCUGAGGCAAAACAACUGGAAAAUGUUGAUUUUACCGACAAUGUUGUGCUGCGGAGACUUCUUCGGGGACCAAGGUAUUUUGAUCCUCCAGAUAGUAGCUGGGGAGCAUGCUUUAAUUGUGGUGAAGAAGGUCAUGCGGCAGUGAAUUGUACCGUAGCUAAGCGAAAGAAGCCGUGCUUUGUUUGUGGCAGUUUGGAGCACAAUGCCAAACACUGCAGAAAGGGACAAGAUUGCUUUAUCUGCAAAAAGGGUGGACAUCAUGCUAAAGACUGUACAGAAAAGCAGAAUGGUGGCUCAUUGAAGUCCCAAAUAUGUCUAAAAUGUGGAGAUUCUGGACAUGAUAUGUUAUCGUGCAGGAAUAAUUAUUCAAAUGAUGAUCUUAAGGAAAUCCAAUGCUAUGUCUGCAAGAGAUUUGGUCAUUUAUGUUGUGUCAAAUAUGUUGAUACUAGUCCGUGGGAAGUUUCCUGUUACAAAUGUGGUUCAAUGGGACAUACUGGUAUGGCAUGCGUAAGCUUACGUGGUGGGGAAACCACUGGUUUUGGUUCGCCUCGGUUAUGCUACAAGUGUGGUGAAGGUGGUCAUAUUGCUCGUGAAUGUGCAAGUUUGGUCAAUGUAACUCUCAGUGUUCACAAAAGAUUUGGGGAAUCAUCUAAUUAUUCUACUCCAGUUUUGAAACGCCAUAAGGAAAAGAGAGACUACACGGGAUUCAAGUCUGCUCCUCAUGACCUAAAUAAGGUCCAUAAAAGGAAACAUACCCAAUUUGAAGAAAGAGUUUUUACAACACCACAAAAGGCAAAACAUAGAUGUGGCUGGAUAAUGGAUGAUCCAGGGGACUUUUCCCCCAGAAAAGGCAAAAAGAACAAUAGGAAGUCUCCGGCAACACCAUCUAAUUGGGGUCAUAGGGUUCCUAGUUUAACUGCAGGUGGUCAUGCUUCAAGUUCUAGAUCAUCUAAAAAGAUUUGGGAGGAUUCCAAAAGCCCUAUCUCAAAAGGGUCGUCGAAGUCUUUUCAGCACGGAUAUUCUGCAUCGAGGUUUAACAACUCUAAUGGUGGUGGAUAUAGAAGAAAUUAUGAUUGGUUAGGUGAUGAAUAUAAUGGGCAUUACUAA